AUGGACUCCAGUAUCCUGUCCGAUCCUGAUUCCCCCUUAUCGCGCUCCUCCACAUCCUCCCCGCGUGAUAAACAGCGACGAAGCCCUUCCUCUCAGCGGAGCAGUUCCUUUCUCACCCCCAAUCGUUCUCCUUGCACGUCGCCGACGCUGCGCUCAUUCGACUCUCCGUUUAGUCGACAGAAUCGACGGCUGCAGCUACGCAAUGCUGGCUUUCGCGGCGGCUUGCUUCCUGCCCAUCGACCGAUAAGUCCUCAAUUCGCAGUCCAGAAGAGCCUUGCUGGGCUGCGAGAACGAGACGAGGAUAAAGAAAAUUGCAGUGUGGAAAACGGGCGCCUUGUGAUAGGGAGCGAUGAAAUAGAAGCGGAUGUAUCACAAAGAAAAUCUACAAGGGUUCUACGGGAGAUUCAGAUUUCUAAUCAACGCCGCAAGCCGCAGCCAGCGCGUCCUUUCGUCUCUACGCUGUUUCAAGAAUUGGACAAGGACGACACGAUAGCCGCGGACGCUUCGCACCUGCGUUUCGACAAUUCCCGUCCCAAAACACCUCUUUUGGAACCUUUUUCUCCAGAAGCAACGAUGCGGCCAAAUAACCUAUCACCUUUUACAGAUAGACUCCCUUCCACGGGUUUUGAUCGUCAGAAGCGGCCAACUUCGACUCGGAUCGUCAGCCGCGGGACGUCUCGAUACAUAGAACAUUUAGAGACUCAACUGGCUGCCUCGUUAAGCCGCACCGAUUCUGGCGAUUCUCCAACGGCCAAUAAUCAUGCAUCGAAAUAUAAGGCCCUGAGUACUGAACACAAACUCUUGAAGCAGGAGCUCUCGGAGUGGGAGGAUCGGUUUGAGGAUCGAUUGAAGGAGGAAAUGGCCGUGAUGAUUGACCGGGAAUCCCAGUUGCGAUCAAAACUACGUUUGUUGGAGCGAGAGGUGGAGACCAAAGAUAACAAAAUCAAGGAACUCCAAUGGGAAGCUGAGAUGGAUCAUCAGCGGCUGCGAAGCCUGGAGGCCGUCAAUUCGACCAACAGGAGUCUUGAGAAGAGAGUCGACGUGCUGACAGGUCUGCUUGCGCAAUCUCCAGCGAAAUCAGAACAAGGUUGUAGGACAAAUAUUGGAUCCGAAUUUAUCUCCCCGGACGACGACCCAAUUCGUCGGACCCCCAGGCCCAGAUCGAUGUUUUCUCGGAUACCUCUGUCGCCAAUCCGGCGACCGCUUUUCCAGCCCUUGAUGAUGCCUGAAUCGGAUCCCCAGGAUACCGAUGGCGGCCCGGAUGCUCCCAGCGAAAUUCCUGACCUCGACAUCAAUUAUAUAGAAACAGCGACCUAUCGAAGACCAAUGUCAGAAUUAGGCUCGCUCGACUCUGGCCUGGGUGAUUCCUGUUCCAUGGCAUCGACACGCCUGUACAACUCUCAACGAUCAUCCACGAUUUCCCAGUUAUCUAGCCCAUCUCUCUGGGGGACCGCUUUCCCACUGCCACUCGACCUUCCACGACGACACCGGAGAAUGCGACGGUUCCCCUCAGGGUCCUGUACAUUAAAGCCAUUCAUCCUACCUGCUACCUCAUCUCUGUUGUCACCGUCGACCCCAAGUUAUCCGGCUGACAACAAUGAUUACGCAACUCAUUCUCGUACUUAUUCGGCGAACGAAUGGCACAGCCCUUCAAACUUUGUUCAGUUUCACGAAGAUACCCUCAAUGCUCUAGAAGGGAACAAUAACCAGUAUCAAUCCUUCGAGGAGGCGAUAUCUGGUCAUGAGUUGUCUGACCCCGCAGAGGUCCCAUAUGGAGGCGGUCCUUUUGACGAAGAGUACGAGGAUGGCUGCUUUCCCAACGGCCAUCUACACCCAUCAGGAUUCUUCGAAACACCGACUCGUCAUUCGCGUCCGGAUCCUGAGCCAUCCAAACGGCUGUCUUAUCAUGGAGUGACGAACGAUUCGUAUUCUCCCGCAGCUAUGACUGUCGUUGUACACGGCGGAUCCUACCGCAAGAACAAACGCGACUUGGUUCCCGGGGGCAUCCAGAGCUCUGAGACUAGUCCGCUUGAAUCAAGGCAAUUUAGCUCUGCCAAAUCACAGGCAGGACCGAGCCCUGAAAACACUUUUGGAGACUCGCAUUGGUUCCGCGACAUCAUGCGUGGCUCGAUCGUCCUUGCAAAGCGUAUCCUGUUCAACUCAUGGCACUCUAAUUGGAAGAAGAUAGGGAAACUACCCUGGUGGGUUCUUGGGUUAAUUCUAGGGCAGCAAAGAAGGAAUGAAUGGUUUAGGCGCUCCCUGGGAGAGCAGGCUGCAUGGUCACCUCAAUACCACUGGUCCACAGAGUCAACUGGACCAGGGAAUCUUGGUCACGCAGGUCCCAAUGGGACUGUUCGGAAUUACGCCAGGACUCGGCUGUCUAUACAAGAGCUGAGAAAGCGGUCGAAAUCUAGCAGUAGCGAUUCACGCGACUGCGAACAGCCUGCUAAUAUAUCCAGCACUAGUCUUCCACAUUCUUUUAGACUAUGGGCGAAAUUCUCCCUUGCGAUUGCGCUAGCCAUUGGGCUAGCGGUCAAAGAUGGCCCGGCAUCGAUAAUGCAUCGGUGCGCCAUAGAAGAGACACCAGAUCGCAAUGAUUUCCUACCUGCGAUUGGGCCCGAAUUGGAUACAGGAAGAGGUGCAGGGUGUACGCAUGUCUAUUGCGAAACGGAGUAA